ACACACACACGCACAGACACACACACUCUCACAGACUUCCUCAAUGUGUUGUGUUUCCAACUGCUGCUUCCAGACAGACUCAUGAGGUGUGAGGAUCCAGUUGAAACUCAGAAUGUCGGGGAUGACGGCUAGCACGACAAACUACCUGUGGUCUCUGCAGGACGUCCUCGGUCAGGGGGCUACUGCCAGCGUCUUCAAAGCACGGAACAAGAGGUCCGGUGAGCUGGUAGCUGUCAAGGUGUUCAACUUGAUGAGCUACAACCGCCCUCAUGAGGUCCAGAUGAGGGAGUUUGAGAUGCUGAGGAAGCUCAACCACAGCACUAUUGUCAAGCUGUACGCUGUGGAAGAGCUGCCCUCUAAGCAGAAGGUGCUGGUGAUGGAGUAUUGCUCCGGAGGGAGUCUGCUCAGCCUGCUGGAGGAAGCUGAAAAUGCCUUUGGCCUGCCAGAAACCGAGUUCCUCACUGUGCUGCAGUGUGUAGUGCAGGGGAUGAACCACCUGCGUGAAAAUGGAGUGGUCCACCGAGACAUCAAGCCGGGCAACAUCAUGCGACAGGUGGGGGAGGACGGGAAGUCUGUUUACAAGCUGACAGACUUUGGAGCAGCAAGAGAGCUGGAGGAUGAUGAGAAGUUUAUGUCCAUCUAUGGGACUGAAGAGUAUCUGCAUCCAGACAUGUAUGAGCGCGCUGUGCUCCGCCAUCAUCAUCAGAAAUCCUACGGAGUGAAUGUGGACUUGUGGAGUAUCGGUGUGACAUUUUACCACGCUGCCACUGGGAGUCUUCCCUUCACACCCUUUGAAGGACCCCGCAGGAACAAGCCCACCAUGUUCAAAAUAACGACAGAGAAACCAAUGGGUGCAAUAGCUGGUAUUCAGCGUGUGGAGGGAGGACCUAUUGAGUGGAGCUACCACCUACCUCACAGCUGCCAACUCUCCCAGGGCCUGCAGGUGCAGCUCUCUCCGGUAUUAGCAGGGAUACUGGAGGCUGACCAGGAGAGAUGUUGGGGUUUUGACCAGUUCUUCACAGCCACCACAGACAUAUUGCAGCGACAGCCGGUUCACCUCUUCUCUCUGCAGCAGGCCAUGGCUCAUAGUAUCUACAUACACCACUACAAUACAGUAUCUGUCUUCUUCGAGGAGGUGGCAUCUCAGACUGGCAUGGGGGUUCAGCAGCAACAUCUGCUGUACCUGGGGCAUGACCUCUCUCUGGAGGGCACCAUGAAGGUCGUCAACCUCCCGCGUACCUCCCCUACCCAACCCCUCCUCCUGCUCAGCUACGAGCCUGACGCAAACAUCUGCCUGCCCUUCAGAGAACCAGAGACUCCUGUCAUCCCAUCCCGGUUUGAUGUCAUGGCAGACUACAAUUUCUCCAAGGUGAUAGUAGGAGUGGUCCACCAGUAUCUGAAGAUAGUACAGUUGCUGCACACACACCGAGACCUUCUCCUGCAGGGAUACCACAGCUACAUGAUGAGGUUGCGUAGGGAGUGUGGAGAAUCCAUUCAUAGUAUCGAUAAGAUCACCAUUAGGCUGCAGUCCUGCCUCAACAUACAACACAGAAUUCAAACAAUUGACCAUCACUCUUCAGAAAACCAAGGCUCAGAUGAUCAUAGUCAAAAACUGCAGCUGGUCCACGAGCACCUGCCCAUAUACACUGCGAGCAUCCAAGAGUUCCAGAAUCGACUGGACCAGCUGCAGAUAGAACAGGCCAAGCUAGCAGAGACCCUGGCCAAUGACAAGAGCUGUAAGAAGAUGGAGAUGCUGGUGCAGAAGAUAACAGCAAUUCAUCAGCAUUAUCGCAAAGACAGAGUCACUGGCAAGUUGGCAUAUAAUGAUGAACAAAUACACAAGUUUGAGAAAAUCCACCUGUCUUCCCACAUUAAGCGAGUGAAAUCCCUCCUGAGAGACAAGUGUGUGCAGAGAUACAAAGAGCUUCUGGCCUCAAUAAGGACGUGGAGCAGUGUUUUACAGGAGAUGCAGACCCGACUGCACGACUUCAGCUCUUUCUCCACAGGCUUGCUGACGGAUCUGGAGAUGAGUGAACAGCGCCAGAAUAAGGUUCUGGACAGAGUCCUUUUCAGUCUGCAGUCCAGGAGAGCCGAGCAGCAGCCUGGGAUCACACCCAGGGACCAGAUGGUCUCCAGGAUGCACCAUCUGAAGGAGGAAAUGGAGAUUCUGGUGAGAGAACUACAGUGUAACAACAACAUCAUACAGAGUUUGGGAGCAGUGAACCCUGCAGCAGCUCUGGAGCCGAGCUUGACCAGACCCUCUACCCUUUGACCAAAGUGCAGCAUGUUUGCAUGUGAACUCACAAAUCUGUGACCAACACCUCAUUUUCACUGUUAAUCAUGAACAGUAAAGGACAAUGUACUGGAUCCUCGUUCAGGACCACCUGCAGUUUGUGUUGUAUGAAGAGGAAGCAACUGAAGAUAAUCAAUAAGUGGGGAAUCGAUAAACGAUUAAGUAGUGCUUGGAAUAGAGGAAGAGGAAAUGUUACCGACAUAUUUUGUCUGUGUGUGUUAGUGUGUUAGUGUGUUAGUGUGUGUGUGUGUGUGUGUGUGUGUGUGUGUGUGUGUGUUGCAACUGAGUACAGCAGUUCAAUACAAAUCCCAUUAAUUCCUUUUAGUACUAUUGAAUUUCUAAUAGGCUGCCACAGUAAUGGACUGUCAGAGAAAUUAAAAAAAAAUAGGCAAGUAAA